AUGAAUUUGUUGGAAUACAUCAAGUACUUGAUCUGCGCCAUUUUGCUGCCAGUGGCCUCUUGUCUUCCUCCGGAAAAUCCGCUGGAUGCAACCUGGAGAGACGAUCGAAGCGUCCUGGACUUGAUAUUCGGCAUCUUCCGGACCUGUGGUAGCUGUCAAUGUGGCCGAUCGAACCAUGGCGGUGCUCGCAUGAUGGGCGGCGAGUUCACCGACAGCCACGAGUUCCCAUGGCUAGCAAACGUCCUGGUAAAAUCGAACCUCCAGGUGAGCGCCGUCCUGAUAAACGACCGCUACGUGAUGACCGCAGCCAGUCAGCUGAUCGGAGCCACCUCGCCGGAGAUUAAAGUGUCCUUGGGGGAGUACGACCGCUGCAAAUUCGACGUCUCCUCGGCUAACGUCAGCGUCGAAGCCGUCAUCCUGCAUCCAGAGUUCAAUCCGGAAUCCCGAGCUCGAGAUCUGGCGCUGAUCAGACUGGCCAGGCCGAUCAAAUUCGAGAGGAGGAUCUCUCCGAUUUGCCUGCCGAACCCAGGUUCGUCGUAUUUGGGACAGGUUGGCACCCUGGCGGGCUGGGCGGAAAGUACAGGGGAUUCCGAGGGCAGAACUUGUCGACCUCGCAAGGUGGGACUUCCUAUCUUAGGAUACAACGAGUGCAUCAAAUCCGGCGUGGAUCCCUCUCUUUUUCACGACGAUUCAGGGUGCAUCGGAGUCAUUGGAGGGAACUCCAUCGUCUGCAACACCGACGUCGGCUCGUCCGUGUACUACAGGUCUUACGGAGGAAUCUACGACCUCCUCGGCAUCUUGUCGGACGUUAACGAGUGCAAGAGCGACCCAAAGACGGCGGUGUACACAAGAAUAGGACCUCACAUUAAUUGGAUUUUACAGCAGACAAGAGACGCGUGCUACUGCACGAAGUAAACGGCCAUUGACGUUAAACAAUACCUUAUUAAUUAUUUAUAUUAGAUUA